UCCUCCUCUUCCUCUUCCCAAACCCCAAACGCCGACGAGACAGAGGCCACCCGGCCAUGGAGCUGUCGAUGAGCGGCGGCUCGCUGCGGACGUUCGUACGGUGCGUCACCUGCCUCGCCCGCAUCGGCUCCGAACUUGUAUUCCAAGCCUACCCCGACAAGCUGGAGCUGCACACGCUCAACAGCUCGCGGUCGGCGUUCGCGUCCAUCUCCCUCAAGCGCGACUUCUUCGACCAAUUCCACCUCUCCACCGGCGCCACCACGCCGUCGUCCACCCCGCUACAGUGCAGCGUCCUCCUCAAGUCCGUCCUCUCCGUGCUCCGCACGCCGACGGCCGCGGUCGAUAGCCUCACCGCUUCGCUCCCGGACCCCGACGCGACCAAGCUCAAGUUCGUCCUCAACUGCCUCCAUGGGGUGAAAAAGACGUACGGGAUCUCGUGCAGUGCGGAGUCCGAGGUGCAGACUCUGGCGCUUGACCGCAACCGGUUCCCCAGCCGCCUCGCCAUCCGGCCGCGGGACCUCGCGCGCCUGCUCGACGACAAUUUCCAGUCCACGCUGCAGGAGCUCACCGUUAUUGCCACUGACCCUGGUUCAGGGUUGUCCUGCGUUGAUGAUGACAUUGGGGGGAAGGCAGUCCAGCUCCUAAGCUACAUCGACCCUACGAAAGAUGACUACGACACCAGGCUGCACACCCAGUUGUGGGUUGACCCAUCAGAGUUCUUAGAGUAUGUGCAUGCUGGUGAACCGGUGGAUGUCACAUUUGGGAGGAAAGAAUUGAAGGCAUUUUUAACAUUCUGCGAAGGAUGUGAGGUUGAUAUUCUUCUAUUCUUUGAGAAGGCUGGCGAACCUGUCCUGUUGGUUCCAAGAUUUGGAUGGGAUGAUGGACCAAGUUCUGAUUUUGAUGCAACUCUAGUUCUUGCCACUAUGCUUGCAUCACAACUAGAUGAUGGCAAUAUUCCUCAGCAACCACCUACUUCGGCACAUCAUGCAGAAGAGCCUAGGGCCGCUGCUGCUGCUUCAGCAUGUCCAGUUCCGGAAUCAAACCAUACUAGAAUAUGGUCUGAGCUUUCAGGUACUACUCCAAAAAGCUUUGAAGCCAACACAGAAAAUCGUGCCCAGAAGGAGAAAAAUGGAAGUUCUAGCGUACCGAAUGACGCGUCAAAGCUGCCCAAUGUUACCAAUGCUCCCUUCAAGCCACCGGUCACAGAUAAUGCGAACAAUAUACUGCCUAUGCAAAUGGAUCACUUGGAAGAGCCGCCUGAAGUUAUGAGUGAUAAUCCUCGCUCACAGCAUCACCCAAGCAAUUGGGUAGGUGCUGAUGAAGACAAUGACGACGACGAAGAUGAGGAGCUUUUUGUCCAAACAACACCUCACUACAUGGACUGAGGACGAUGCUGAUACCAAAAAGUUGCAGAUGAAUAUCUAUGAUCGAAAGCAUCCGCUGUAACGAGGGCAUGACAAAGGAGAUCUUUUUUCAGUGCGGUGGCGCCGGCCUUCACUCGGAGCUGAGCUCGCAAACCAGCGCGUGGUCAGAAUGUCAGAUUAGAAUAAAAAUUGGGGCAAGAUUCCUAGGUCAACCUGCUGCUGCGAUCGCGGCUACCGCUCGUGCCUCUUCACGUGCAUGCCAUGGUUCGUCAAGGAGCUGUGAACUUGUCGCGCAGCUGGUUUCUCGAAGCUGCUAGAAUCGUCGUUGCCUGUUUGCUCCGUGUCCUAUCUCACCCCAGGGGAGAUACGGGACAUCUGUAGUGUCUCGUCUUUUCGGUGGUUUUCUUUCUUCACAUAUACUCCAUUAGAAAAAUGCAUGUGGAGUUAGGGCAUGUGAAGGGUCGAUUCUUUUUAUCUUCAUAAAGAGUUAAAUCCUAAACCAAGAGAGUGCUGAAUAUAGAUGUACUGGGAGUAUUUAUCUUUUCUGUUUCUCUAUCUGUAGAUUGAGUACGGAUUCAAAAAUUUAUUAGUGUACAAAUAUCUUUUGUCAA